AUGUCUCAACGUGGAAGCACCACCCUCUACGUCACUGGUUUUGGCCACGGCACGCGCGCCCGUGAUCUCGCAUACGAGUUCGAACGCUACGGCCGUCUCGUGCGCUGCGAUAUCCCCGCUCCGCGCACAGCAAGCAGCAGACUCUUCGCAUUCGUCGAAUACGAGAGCCGCCGCGAUGCCGACGAUGCCUACCAUGAGAUGCACAACAAGCGCAUUGGUCGUGACGAUUUGUUGAAGAUUGAGUGGGCACGCACGCCGCCAUCGGCCAGCUGGCGAUUUGACACUGGGCGCGACGAGCGUGGUGCUGAUCGCGGUGAUCRUGGCAGUGCACGUGGUGGUGACCGUGGAAGCCGACGUGAACGCUCGCGGGGCCGUGGCCGAUCUGGAAGCCCACCGAGAAGCCGACGUGAUGAGGGAGAACGCGAGCGCGACUACGACCGCGGCGGUGACAGGGACCGUCGCGAGCGACGUGAUCGGACUCGCAGCCCAGAGGAUCGCGACCGUGACCGCAAGAUGGAAGACCGUGAUGAGGAGCGAGAGCGUGAGCCUCGUGAGCGUGAGUAUGAGCGCGAGAAUGGCGCUACCAAUGGCGAGGAGUCGAAGGCURCGGAGGUGAAGGAAGAGGAGCAACCUCCUGCGCCUGCUCACGAUGACUUGGACACCGCCGAAUGA